AUGUUCAAGCUCAGUGUCAACCUCACCCGCUCGGCGUCACACUACAUAAAGCGCACAAUGUCUAGUCAGGAACAAGAUGUGCUGUUUGAAACCCUAAACAAUGCAGGAAUCAUCACUUUGAAUAGGCCAAAAGCUUUGAAUUCCCUCAACACAUCCAUGGUAACAAAGUUAUUACCACAGCUGCAAGAAUGGGAAAGUAAGAAGACACUGGUGAUUGUAAAAGGGGCUGGUGAUAAAGCAUUCUGCGCUGGUGGAGAUGUCAAAGCAGCCAUUGACAAAGUAGAAGGUCCAAGGUUCUUCUACACAGAGUACAAUUGCAACUACCUCAUUGGUAAAUACAAGAUCCCAUACAUAGCUAUCAUUAAUGGUAUCACUAUGGGAGGUGGUCUCGGUCUGUCUGUCCAUGGAAGGUAUAGGAUAGCUACUGAGAAGACAGUUAUCGCCAUGCCUGAGACCAAGAUUGGACUGUUCCCUGAUGUCGGAGGGUCGUACUUCCUGCCCAGGCUGCAGGUCAACUUGGGUUUAUAUUUGGGACUCACUGGUGAUAGACUAAAGGGUUGGGAUGUAGUUAAAUCAGGUAUAGCCACACACUAUGUCCCAAGUAAGAGACUGUAUGAACUAGAAGUGUUACUCUCCCGGUGUACCGAUGAAGUGGAAGUUGACAACCUGCUGAACAAAUUCCAUGAGCCAUCUGAACAGUUCUCAUUAUCUGAUAAUAUCAAACAUAUCAACUACUGCUUUGCUGCUUCGACUAUUGAAGAGAUCAUUGAAAGGCUCCAGAAAGUCCAGAAUGAUUGGUCUGAGAAGACUUUGAAGACCCUCAGCCAGAUGUGCCCUGGUUCCCUAAAGAUCACGCUGCGUGCACUACAGCGCGGCGCUCAGCUGGAGCUCGGCCAGUGUCUCAAGAUGGAGUACCGCGUCGCAUGCCGCGCCACUGAGAACCACGACUUCCCUGAAGGAGUCCGCGCCCUCCUCAUAGACAAGGACAACAACCCUCAAUGGAAGCCCAAGACCCUCGCUGAAGUGACCGACGACUACGUCGAAAGCUACUUCAAGAAGCUGCCUCAAGACAGAGAGCUACAGUUCUUCGACUCCAAGCUGUAA